CUCCACUCUCAGCUGCCAAACUGCUGUGCAAGAACACCCCGCCUCUUCCUCUGGUUGACCUGCACUCCUCUUCUCGAAAUGGAUUCCUUGAUCCAACGCCAAAGCUCUCAGAUCACUGGUGGUCAGGUUGUCAGACGAGCCCUCAGUGUCAGUGGAGGGGCAGGUGGCUAUGGCACCAGGAUCUCAGUCUCUGGCUAUGGCAGUGGCUUGGGUAGCGGGUAUGACUACCAAUCCCUCUCCUCAAGUUCCUCUUCUGGAGCCUUGGUCAUGGGUAAUGAGAAGGCAACCAUGCAGCACCUGAACGACCGCUUGGCCAGCUACCUGGAGAGGGUGAGGAGUCUGGAGAAGGCCAACGGGGCACUGGAGAUCAAGAUCAGAGAGACCAUCGAGAAAAGGGGGCCCUUGGAGGGAAAGGACUACAGCAAGUACUUUGCCAUCAUAGAAGACCUGAGAGCCAAGGUGAGUCAGUGUUAAAACUUUUAAAAUCAAACACAAAGACAGAGCAUGAUGCUUUAGUUGCAAAACAGUGCAUGAAGAAGAUUACAGAGAUACAAAUAUGGUUUUCUGCAGACCUUACUGCAGGAGUUCUUUAAAAUGUGCCACUUUUUGGAUAUGUGUUUUAAUUUUAUGGAUGUCUUCAUGUCAAGCUCUUCCUUCACAAAGUCCACUUUCCUGGGGUUGUAAAUGUCUUAUCAUGUUGGGUACAAGGUCACUACAAGCUGAACUACUUCUCCUUUUUAAAACCAUAGUUCACCUCCCACACACCAAAGUAAUCAUGUACAUCUACGAUGGACUGCUCCCAAGAUUUAUCACCUGUAGACUUUUAUCUUUAUGUCCAUGUCAAGCAGUAAGAGAUAGUGUCAAAGAGAUAACCUGCUUUGUUCUUUUAUGACCCACAGUGUGUUAUCAAAGGUGUGGGUGUGGUCUUUCCCCUGCAAAAUGUAUCAAAGAAAAUCUUGGUCCAUCUAAUUUUCAAGUGAAGAGCAGAAUAAUACUGAAUUAUUUUUCCUUUCCGUCAGAUUUUUGACAUGAUCAAGGGCAAUGGACAUCUCUUGAUCUCCCUGGACAACGCCCGCCUGGCUGCAGAUGACUUCAAGUUGAAGUGAGUGUCCAGCCUUGUAUACAAAAUGACACAGGCUCACAGUAUUUUUGUAAACACAUCUGAUAAACUCUGUGUUUCCUCAGGAUGGAGUAUGAGAUGUCCAUGCGUCAGUCUGUGGAGGCUGAUGUUAACAGACUGAGGAAGGAACUGGAUGACACCAAUGUUGUUCGCUUGCACCUGGAGGGUGACAUCGAGUCUCUGAAGGAAGAGCUGAUAAACCUGAAGAAGAACCAUGAAGCGGUAAGGGACUUUUGUGGGGUGGCGAUCAAACAAAUACCUGUAUGUUUCUGUAAAUGCCAUCUUGGCGUUUUGUUUUUCCCGCAACCUCUUUGCUCAGGAUAACCUCACCAACCUUUUAAGAGGAAAUCACUCCCUAACUGUUUCCCCCUCCGCAGGAUGUUGCUGAUUUGCGUGCCCAGAUCAGCCAGUAUGGUGUGCAUGUGGAUGUUGACGCUCGUAAAGGACCUGACUUGGCCAAGAUCAUGGAGGAGAUGAGAGAGAAGUAUGAGAGGAUAGCACUGAAGAACCAAGAGGAGCUCAAAGCAUGGCACGAGGCUCAGGUAGGUCACUCAUGCAUCAGGUACGUUUAGAGUGUAUUGGCUUUGUUUUAUGAUUAAUCUCUAAUGCAUUUUUUCUUGUUUCCAGAUCACAGAGGUGCAGGUGCAGGUGACAGAAAGCACCACAGCCCUGAAGGAAGCUUCAACUGUUAUGAGUGAAACCAGGAGGAGAUACCAGGCCCUGGAAAUUGAACUGCAGUCUCAGCUCAGUCUGGUAAUGACAUGUGCUGGUUUACAUGAUAAGUGGGACUUGAACUCAGACAGCAGCACCAAAUGUUAGCAUUUCAGAUCACGUAUGUUUAUUUUGAACAGUGUCUGGCUGUUCCCCUGCAGAUUAGACAUUCAAACCAGACAAUUCCCAAGAACUGUGCUCUCCAGGAAGUCUCUGCUGUGAGAAUUCUUGCAGACAGAUAGACAGAUAAUUUUAAUUUCUUACCAUAAGUUGCAGCAAGAAAAAGUUAGGUGAAUUUAGUAGUGCUAGUCCAUGCAGACCACAAAGUCAGCCCACAGAACAUCAGCUGAUCUCAAUGAAGCUCAAAUCAUCUCACUUUCUUCAUACUCAAAAUGACCAGUCCAUGCAAACUGCAUUAACGCACCUCAUUGCUAGCUACCCCUAUGGUGCUGUGUCGAAUUUUCCCAUUUGUAUUGUCACUAAUGCUCUGUUCUGUACCAUGAGGGUCUUUGCUGCUGCUCUCCCUGCCUCAGGCUUUGGCAUUCAACAUAAACAUAUAGAAAAGCCAGAGGGCUCUCAGAAUAGACCCAAAGCAUCAACUCUAACUCACUGCAUGCAAAAGAAAUUUCAUUACAUUAUUUCUCUUCUGUAUCCAAGACAAGCUUGUUUCUCUCUCUCUCCACAGAAAGCAUCUCUGGAGGCCACCCUGCGAGACAUCGAGGCACGUUUCAACAUGGAAAUGGAGAAGUACAACGCGAUCAUGCUGAGACUGCAGGAGGAGCUCACAAGGAUCCGUGCAGACAUCCAGCAGAACACAAGAGAUUACGAACUCCUGCUUAACAUCAAGGUGAAGCUGGAGGCUGAGAUCAUGGAGUACAGGAGGCUGCUGGACGGUGGAGCCGACCUGGCGUAAGUAUGAGGAGAGGGGGCAGGAGGUCUGGGUCAAACUGUAGGAAACUGAAGGUUGCUGUUAAUACCUAUGCUGAAACUAAAUGCUAAAUCGUGAGAGGACCAGUAUGAAGGCUUUGCUUGUCUCAGUGAACCAUUUGCAUAUCUGAUUCAAAAGAUCUUCAUGCAAAAAUGAGUCAACUUUGAUAUGUAAAGUACAGUUAGACAUCUGUAUCAACACACAGCACCCUGCAUCUUCUUCAGCAGCUGAAUUUAGCACCAGAACACCUAAAUAAGCAGUAUUUAAACCAUAACUUCAUGUAGUCUUUACUUAAAGUAGGACCUUGUACUGACCUUGCUCUUGCUUCUCCCUUUUUUUUUUAGCCUGGAAGAUGCUUUGGACUCAAGGAAAAUCCAGACCAAACAGGUGACAAUCACCCAGCACCUGGUGGAUGGCAAAGUGGUGUCUGAGAGCAAAGAUACUAAACAGAUUGAUUUGUAAAACAAAUUCAAUUGAAAAAUCUUUGGUAACAAUAUGAAAUAAACAAGAAAGAGUGCAUCA